AAGCAACAACCCGUGUGUGUGUGAAGAUAGGUCAAGAUGGCCGACAAGCUCCGCACCCAGCAGGAGCUCGAGCGCCUGCAGGCCAAGUACAUCGGCACCGGCCAUCCGGACACGACGAGCUGGGAGUGGAAGACGAACAUUCACCGCGACACCAAGACCAGCAUCGUCGGCCACACCCCCCUUCUGGCCUACAUGUCCCUGGCACAGAACGAGCCCAUGGCCAAGGCGAGAGCGCAGCUCAUCCGCCAGAUGGUCCAGCCCGUGGGUCCCCCACCACCGAGGGAGGAUGAGCUCCUCGCGCUGCCUGCCUCACAACAGCAGCAGGGCGGUGGUACUUGAAGAGCUUGAUUCUGGAUCAGGUCCUAGAUUACAAGGAGUCUUGUCCCUUAUUUUUGGGUUCUUGGAACAUCGGGGCGUGCGACGCGCCUCAUGGUUGCGGCUGUACAGUCGGCUUGCAAGGGAAAAGCAGCAACAAACAGCGCCGCUACCUUGUCGUGUGCACUGCGGAGGGCAGAGAAGCCCCAUCGUUGAAACCCGACGCAGAGCACUUAUGGAGAUUCACCUAUUACGUAGUGUCAUCAGGCGUAGACGCAAUAGUGCGCAGGUGGAUCU